AUGAGCUCCUAUCUGAACGUAAGUCGAUGUUUGUUUGGUGUUUGUAUUUGCCCGAAGACAUAUUAUAUCAGUCAACAUUCUAAUAUUAUUCAUGAUGGUUCGCUAACUCUUCCAAUGAUCGGAGCAAUUCUCUAUGAUCUUCCAUCAUUACGUUAUGUUUAUUGUUUUACUUUUAUAUGUUUAUCUUUAAUUGGUUUAAUCAAUAAUAUUUUUUCAAUUAUGACAUUUAUUCGAGAACGUAUUCGAUAUACAAUAUGUGGCGUUUAUUUAAUUUUCUAUUCAAUAUUUAGUUUAAUAUUAAUGAUAUUAAUAAUAACCAAUGUUAUAAUUGCUAUUUAUUAUGAUAAAUAUAUAUUUCGUUUAUGGGCUUGUUAUGGUUAUCCAUAUCUAUUGACUAUAACAAUUUAUAUAGGUAUGCUGAUAAGUAGUAUCAUUGUGAUUGAACAUGUGUGUCAUUUAUAUUUUGAUUUUGAUCCAUUUCGUUCACGUAAACAACCUGUACAAAAUACAUUAUUAUUUUUACUUCUUAUUUCAAUAUCAAACCUUGAUAAAAUAUUCGGACGAACUUUAUCAAUUGAUGAAGUUGGCUAUUAUUCUUGUUCAUACAAAGAUUUUUCAUAUAAAUAUUGGUCGAAUAUAUUAUAUUAUAUUUAUAUAUUUAUUCCAUGUUGCAUUCAUUUCACAUGUUUAAUUUGUAUUCUUUUAAUAUUGAUAAAAAGACAUUCGUUGAGGAAAAUAAUUCUUUAUCAACGUUAUUUUACUCCAUCGGUAUUUAUUUUGGUCUGUAUGACUUUAAAUGGUUUAUAUCUUUAUUUGUUCAAUUUUCAUUUGACAUAUUCGUCCGGAUAUUUAAUUCGUUUACAUAUUGGAUUUAUCUUUCUUCUUUAUACUCCACAAUUAUUUACAUAUAUGAUUUAUGUGAUGCCAAAUGAUUUUUAUGUGAAAGAAUUCUAUCAAAUAUGGUUUUAUCGAAAGUUGUGUUACUGUUUUUAUAAUAAAAAACGACACGUACAAGACUUUGAAGUUUUACAAUUUCUUUGGACAAGAAGACCAUCAUUAGAAAAUAUUAAAACAAUAUCAGGUUUUAGUGAUAUUUUAAUUCCCAGUGAGUCUUAUAAUAAAAUUUAA